CUUUCCUUUUUCUUUUUUUAAUAUCUUAAACCCAAAAUCAACAGUUGGUUGCGCACGCAGGUCCGUUUCACAGGUGCACCACGCUGUUUUGCCCGGCAGGUUUUUGACAAGGCGUUUUUGGUGCCGCUGCGUUUUUUAGAGUCGCGUCUGGUGUGACCGAGCCCUCAGGUGGCCACAGAGGAGCGCGGACGAGUCCGGAGCAAAGUGCACACAGGAAGUCGCUUCUGCACAACGUCACCGUCCGCGAUCUCCAGCCGACGCACGCCACCAUGCAGCGGCGUUACGGAGAAGGCUCGGGUCGACCGUGGCUCUGGCCGAUUGGCAUGUGUUGUGUGUUGGCGGUGUGUGUGGCACGUGUGCGGGCACACCCGCAGUGUCUGGACUUCAAGCCGCCCUACCGCCCGCCCAGGGAGCUGGAGUUCUGCGUCAUGUACAAGGAGUUCGGCUGCUGUGAUUAUCAGAGGGACCAAGAGCUGAUGACGAAGUAUUACCACGUGAUGGGUCAUUUUGAUGAGUCUGGAUAUGCCACCUGUGCUGGGUUCGUCCAGGAGCUGCUCUGCCAGGAAUGCUCUCCGUAUGCAGCUCACCUCUUUGAUGCGGAGGACCCGAGCACCCCAGUCCGGACCAUCCCCGGCCUGUGUCCGGACUACUGCUCCCGGUUUUGGACAAAGUGCAGCGCCGCCAUCCCAUUCCUGUCUGACGACCCACACAUAGCCAAAGUCAAAGAAGACCAAACACUUCUCUGCCAGUAUCUUAAGCUUGGCGAUGUGGACUACUGUUACCCUCACCUUCUCAGCAGCCAGAAGCUCACCCAGAAUCUGGGCCGGGUUCAGUCAGACUCUGAGGGUUGUCUCCAGCUGUGCCUAGAAGAAGUUGCGAAUGGGCUAAGGAACCCGCUUGCCAUGGUGCAUGCCAACGAUGGCACGCAUCGGUUCUUUGUGGCAGAACAAGUGGGUUUGGUGUGGAUUUAUCUUCCCGAGCGGUCCAAACUCGAGAUACCUUUUUUGAACAUUACUAAGGCGGUGUUGACGUCAUCAUGGGAAGGUGAUGAGAGAGGCUUUCUAGGACUCACCUUACACCCCAAGUACAAAUACAAUGGGAAGCUCUAUGUAUAUUACUCGGUGGAGGUGGGUUUUGAUGAGAGGAUUAGGAUUAGUGAGUUCCAUGUUUCAGCCAAAGACAUGAAUGUGGUGGAUCAUGCCUCUGAGCGGGUUAUUUUGGAGAUUGAUGAACCAGCAUCCAACCACAAUGGAGGGCAAAUUCUAUUUGCCGAUGAUGGCUACUUGUAUAUUUUCACAGGGGAUGGUGGAAUGGCAGGAGAUCCCUUUGGGAAAUAUGGGAAUGCCCAGAACAAGUCAGCUCUGUUGGGUAAAGUGCUCCGCAUUGAUGUGAAUGACAAUGAGAGAGGCCCAUUGUACAGAAUUCCUCCAGAUAACCCCUUCAUACAGGAGCAGGGGGCACGGCCAGAGGUUUAUGCUUUCGGGGUCCGCAAUAUGUGGAGGUGUUCUGUGGAUCGGGGCGACCAAUGGACCAAAGAGGGCAAAGGGCGUAUCUUCUGCGGGGAUGUGGGCCAGAACAAGUUUGAAGAGAUUGACAUCAUUGAGAAAGGUCGAAACUUCGGAUGGAGAGCCAAGGAGGGCUUCUUUUGCUACGACAAGAGACUGUGUGCCAACAGCUCGCUAGAUGAUGUCCUCCCUAUUUAUGCAUACCCUCACAAGGUGGGCAAGUCAGUGACUGGUGGCUAUGUUUACCGAGGCUGUGAAUACCCCAACAUGAAUGGCAUGUACAUAUUUGGAGACUUCAUGAGCGGGCGUUUGAUGAGUCUGUGGGAGGACAGAAACACAGGGAGAUGGAAAUACAAUGAGAUAUGUAUGGGGAUGGGCCUGACCUGUGCCUUCCCUGGACUCAUAAACAACUACCACCAGUACAUCAUCUCCUUUGCAGAAGAUGAAGCUGGCGAACUGUACUUCAUGUCAACAGGAAUACCGAGUGCCACGUCGCCUUCGGGAGUCAUUUAUAAAGUCGUGGACCCCUCCAGACGUGCUCCACCAAGACAAUGUCACUAUGACCCCCUUCCUGUCAGAGUGAAAAGCAACCUCAUCAAAUUUGUUCCACAGGAAAUAUUAGUUGUUGUUGAGCCACCAAUCAAAACUGUGCCUGAGCCCCAACCCACAGAGUCCUUCGACUGGAUCCAAGACUUCCUUGAUCGUCUCGGACCCGAACCGACCAUCCCGUUACCAACUACCACAAAAUCAACCAGACAAUUGAGGCGGAAAGGCAGACACAGGAAGAAUGGAAUGGUGAGGCUGGUUGGGGAUGAACAGGGCCGCAGCGACCGUGGACGGGUGGAGAUCUACAUUAACAAGGUCUGGGGCACCGUGUGCGAUGACCUAUGGACCACCAAAAAUGCUGAAGUGGUUUGCCGGCAGCUGGGCUUCAGGUAUGCUCUGAAGGCAGUCAAGAAUUCAGAGUUUGGGGAGGGGACACAACUUCAGAUUCUUCUGGAUGAUGUUCAGUGUGAAGGAACCGAGUCCAGCCUGCUGCACUGCAUACAUGCUGGUGUGGGAACACAUAACUGUGCCCAUUAUGAAGAUGCCGGAGUGAUCUGUGGCAACGUGCACCACGUUGUUGAAAUCUAAAUUGUAGUCAACUAUGAAAUUGGACCAAUUAUUCGCAAUUCAACCUUUUGUUAAAAACUGGUAUUUUCAAUCUAAUCUUGGUGGAGAAUGUUCUCAUUCUCUUUGAUCAUUUCCGGAAGCUCCAAUUAAGUUAAACAGAAUAAAUGUGCUCUAAAAUGACUGUUGGUUACAUCACAGUACAAAGGUAAGAGGGACAUCUUUGAACAAGGAGCAUGGCACUACUUGUUGCCAUAGGAACCACUGGUGAAUGAAAAAUCUUUGGGGAAUCACAAAGUGAUGAUGUAGGUUUAGAGAUCUAGGAUCAGCAACAAAGGCAUUCCAGAGGUUAUUUAUCAGAGAACCUACAGCUGGGAUGUAUCUAGAUCUGAAACAAUAUCUAUGGGUGGGCUUUUCCUUCAGUCUAGUUUUACUUGCCAGUAGGGUGUCAUUGUUUUUUGUUUAAAUGAUUUGACUUUACAUUUGCCAUCAAAGGUCAGGUAUGUCUUUUUGAUUAAGCGGUCAGAUGACCUGGUCAACACUAAAACUUGCACAACUGGUCAGAAUGUUUAGUUUGAAGGUUGGAAUUUUUGAGAGUAAUUCAUUUGACAUCUGAAUGUUAUAUUUCCUCGUGAAUGUUCAAUGCCCACUGAAUGAUGUAUGGGUGUGUUAUGAUUUUAUGAUUAUAGUAAAUCCUUUUUAAUAAAAAGUGUUCUACUCUG